AAAUCUUCCCAGGCCGGGGUGGGUUAGAGCAUUUGAAGAGGCUCCGUAGCUGAGAGGGUGCUUAAAGAGCAUCUGUGGGCUAAGCCAGGCUUCUUCCAUUUGGCCUGAUCCUCCCUAAAUCUGCCAUCUCUUUAUCUGGGCUGUAAAGUCUACCCUCUGCCCAGGGUCCCUUUCCAGGCCAGGACUCAGAACCUCUGUGCCUGAGCAAACUUUGCCAAGAGGGCAGAGGAAGGGAAUCAGGUUUAACAAGCUCCUGUCAUGUGCCACAUAGAAAGCUGGGUGCUUUUAGCUGUUAUUAUAACUUUUGGUCUUCCCAACAACCUCACGGUGCUAUUGUUUGUUACCUCUUUUCACAGAUGACAAAAUGUGGUCAGUGUGGCUGUGACUCCCCUGAGGGUACACAGCUAAUGCGAGCUGGAGCUGCAAUGCUAACCCAGGCAGUCUGCUCCCAGAGCCCAUGCAUGUGAUGUCUACCUGUGCCACCCUGCCUUCUAGAGAGAUCAGUCAGGCCCUGUGCUUUACAGAUGGUGGGACUGAGACUGUGAGAAGUCAGAUGAGUCACUUAGCAUCAUCCCUCAAUUGAUAUCCGCGAGAUCAAGGAGAUCCGCCCAGGGAAGACCUCCCGGGACUUUGACCGCUAUCAAGAGGACCCUGCUUUCCGGCCAGACCAGUCACACUGCUUUGUCAUCCUAUAUGGCAUGGAAUUCCGCCUGAAGACUCUGAGCCUGCAAGCUACAUCUGAGGAUGAAGUGAACAUGUGGAUCAAGGGCUUAACUUGGCUGAUGGAGGAUACAUUGCAGGCGGCCACACCCCUGCAGAUUGAGAGGUGGCUUCGGAAGCAGUUCUAUUCAGUGGAUCGGAAUCGUGAGGAUCGCAUAUCAGCCAAAGACCUGAAAAACAUGCUGUCCCAGGUCAACUACCGGGUCCCGAACAUGCGCUUCCUCCGGGAGCGGCUGACGGACCUGGAACAGCGCAGUGGGGACAUCACCUACGGGCAGUUUGCGCAGCUGUACCGCAGCCUCAUGUACAGCGCCCAGAAGACGAUGGACCUCCCCUUCUUGGAAGCCAGCGCUCUAAGGGCUGGGGAGCGGCCGGAGCUCUGCCGAGUGUCCCUUCCUGAGUUCCAGCAGUUCCUCAUUGACUACCAGGGGGAGAUGUGGGCCGUGGACCAGCUCCAGGUGCAGGAGUUCAUGCUCAGCUUCCUCCGAGACCCCUUGCGAGAGAUCGAGGAGCCUUACUUCUUCCUGGAUGAGUUCGUCACCUUCCUAUUCUCCAAAGAGAACAGCGUGUGGAACUCCCAGCUGGAUGCCGUGUGCCCAGACACCAUGAACAACCCCCUGUCCCACUACUGGAUCUCCUCCUCACACAAUACGUACCUGACUGGGGACCAGUUCUCCAGCGAGUCUUCCCUGGAAGCCUAUGCUCGUUGCCUGCGAAUGGGCUGUCGCUGCAUUGAGUUGGACUGCUGGGACGGUCCAGAUGGGAUGCCAGUCAUUUACCACGGACACACUCUUACUACCAAGAUCAAGUUCUCAGACGUCUUGCACACCAUCAAGGAGCACGCCUUUGUGGCCUCAGAGUACCCGGUCAUCCUAUCCAUCGAGGACCACUGUAGCAUUGCCCAGCAGAGGAACAUGGCCCAGUACUUUAAAAAGGUGCUCGGGGACACACUCCUCACCAAGCCCGUGGACAUCGCUGCUGACGGGCUCCCCUCACCCAACCAGCUUAAGAGGAAGAUCCUUAUCAAGCACAAGAAGCUGGCUGAGGGCAGUGCCUAUGAGGAGGUGCCUACAUCCGUGAUGUACUCUGAGAACGACAUAAGCAACUCCAUCAAGAAUGGCAUCCUCUACCUGGAGGACCCCGUAAACCAUGAGUGGUACCCCCACUACUUUGUUCUGACCAGUAGCAAGAUCUACUACUCUGAAGAGACCAGUAGUGACCAGGGCAACGAGGAUGAGGAGGAGCCCAAGGAGGCCAGUGGCAGCACAGAGCUGCACUCCAACGAGAAGUGGUUCCACGGGAAGCUCGGGGCCGGCCGGGAUGGGCGGCACAUCGCUGAGCGCUUGCUCGCUGAGUACUGCGUUGAGACCGGGGCGCCUGACGGCUCCUUCCUAGUGCGCGAGAGCGAGACCUUCGUGGGCGACUACACGCUGUCUUUCUGGCGAAACGGGAAAGUCCAGCACUGCCGUAUCCACUCCCGGCAGGAUGCUGGGACCCCCAAGUUCUUCUUGACAGACAACCUCGUGUUUGACUCACUCUAUGACCUCAUCACACACUACCAGCAGGUGCCCCUGCGCUGCAACGAAUUUGAGAUGCGCCUUUCAGAGCCUGUCCCGCAGACCAAUGCUCACGAGAGCAAAGAGUGGUACCAUGCAAGCCUGACCAGAGCCCAGGCUGAGCACAUGCUAAUGCGGGUCCCUCGUGAUGGGGCCUUCCUAGUGCGGAAGCGGAAUGAGCCCAACUCCUACGCCAUCUCCUUCCGGGCCGAGGGCAAGAUCAAGCAUUGCCGCGUCCAGCAGGAGGGCCAGACGGUGAUGCUGGGGAACUCGGAGUUUGACAGCCUUGUUGACCUCAUCAGUUACUAUGAGAAGCAUCCUCUGUACCGCAAGAUGAAGCUGCGCUACCCCAUCAACGAGGAGGCCCUGGAAAAGAUGGGCACAGCUGAGCCAGACUACGGGGCCCUGUAUGAGGGACGCAACCCUGGCUUCUACGUGGAGGCAAACCCAAUGCCGACUUUCAAGUGUGCAGUCAAAGCCCUCUUUGACUACAAGGCCCAGAGAGAGGAUGAGCUGACUUUCACCAAGAGUGCCAUCAUCCAGAACGUAGAGAAGCAAGAGGGAGGCUGGUGGCGAGGGGACUAUGGUGGGAAGAAGCAGUUGUGGUUCCCAUCAAACUACGUGGAAGAGAUGGUCAGCCCAGCGACCCUGGAGCCCGAGAGGGAGCACUUGGACGAGAACAGCCCCCUGGGGGACUUGCUGCGGGGGGUCUUAGAUGUGCCGGCGUGUCAGAUCGCCAUCCGACCAGAGGGCAAGAACAACCGGCUCUUCGUCUUCUCCAUCAGCAUGGCGUCAGUGGCGCAGUGGUCCCUGGAUGUUGCAGCUGACUCACAGGAGGAACUACAGGACUGGGUGAAAAAGAUCCGUGAAGUGGCCCAGACUGCAGACGCCAGGCUCACCGAGGGGAAGAUGAUGGAACGGAGGAAGAAGAUUGCCCUGGAGCUCUCUGAGCUUGUUGUCUACUGUCGGCCUGUUCCCUUCGAUGAAGAGAAGAUUGGCACAGAACGUGCUUGUUACCGGGACAUGUCGUCCUUCCCGGAAACCAAGGCUGAAAAGUAUGUGAACAAGGCCAAGGGCAAGAAGUUCCUCCAGUACAAUCGACUGCAGCUCUCCCGCAUCUACCCCAAGGGCCAGCGGCUGGACUCCUCCAACUAUGAUCCCUUGCCCAUGUGGAUCUGUGGCAGCCAGCUCGUGGCCCUCAACUUCCAGACCCCAGAUAAGCCUAUGCAGAUGAACCAGGCCCUCUUUCUAACCGGCGGGCACUGCGGCUAUGUGCUGCAGCCUAGCACCAUGCGAGACGAGGCCUUCGACCCGUUUGAUAAGAGCAGCCUCCGGGUACCGGAGCCGUGUGCCAUCUGUAUCGAGGUGCUGGGGGCCCGGCAUCUGCCGAAGAAUGGCCGAGGCAUUGUGUGUCCUUUUGUGGAGAUUGAGGUGGCAGGAGCUGAGUAUGACAACACCAAGCAGAAGACAGAGUUUGUGGGUGCGUCUGUCUUGCCUGCCAUGGUCUUGAUCCUCCCCUGGGCACUGAAGGGCCCUCCCCACCAGCGAUGCCUCCUCUCCCAGCAGUGGCCUGAGCUUUCUGCCCUUGCUUUUGCAGUGGACAAUGGACUGAACCCCAUGUGGCCGGCCAAGCCCUUCCAAUUCCAGAUCAGCAACCCCGAAUUUGCUUUCUUACGCUUCGUGGUGUAUGAGGAAGACAUGUUCAGCGAUCAGAACUUCUUGGCUCAGGCUACUUUCCCUUUGAAAGGCCUGAAGACAGGAUACAGAGCUGUGCCUCUGAAGAACAACUACAGUGAGGAUCUGGAGUUGGCCUCCCUGCUGGUCAAGAUCCAAAUUUUCCCCGCCAAGCAGGAGAAUGGUGAUGGUCCCUUCAGUGGUACGUCCCUGCGGGAGCGGGAGCGGAGCAUGGACGCCUCAGGCCAGCUGUUCCACAGCCGGGCCCGGGAAGGCUCCUGUGAAGCCCGCUACCAGCCGCCAUUGGAGGACUUCCGCAUCUCCCAGGAGCAUCUCGCAGACCACUAUGAUGGUCGAGAACGGAGGGCCCCUCGAAGGACUCGGGUCAAUGGAGACAACCGCCUCUAGUGUGCCCGGCCUCUGUGGAGAGCAGCCGGUGGGUGCUGCGUGCCUCGUGGAGUGCCGUGAACUGGUUUCUUGGGAAGCGGCCUGCCGUGGCAGCCUUCCGGUUUCACCGCCUGGAGCCUAUAUUCCAACAGCGAAUGCUAGACAAAAACCAAGCCAUUAAUGAGAUGUGUUACUGUUUUGGGCCUCCAUGCCCAGCUCUGAGUGAAGGCAAAAACUGUAUGGUGUCUCACGUUAAGCACACAUAUCUGGCCCUGACUUCUGGAGAUGGAGCCUUCCAUCUUGUGGGGCCGGGACCACAGCCCCUGGAGAGGCUGCCUCAGCCAGCGGCACACAGGCUCUAAGGAGCUGCUGACAUUCCUGAGAACGGAAGAGGAGAAGGAGCCGACUCGCUGGGCCAGGGAAACAAAGUUUACAUUGUCCUGUAGCUUUAAACCACAGCCGGGCAGGGUGAGAGGGCAGAGGCCCUGUGGUUGGGCCAGGAGCCAGGGUGGGGACAGGAGCUGCCCUGGAGAGGCUCUGCCUGCCUGAGGAGAGGACACAGCACAAGGGCAUGCUGCCCACGGCCGGGAUGCGAACCCAGCCUGGAAGAUACAGGGGAUCAUGUUAAAAUAGCAGUAUUAUUUUUCUUCUCAGUGGUAUUGUAACUAAGUUAUUUACUCCUCCUGCUCCUCACGUAAGGGAAACUUGGAGCAAAGCCUUUGAGAGAGAGGGGCCGGUGGGCUGCCCGCAGUGUUGGGAAGGUCUCUGCUGGGGCUGGAAAGGCACUGUCAGAAUAGUGACGCAGGGGUGGGAGAGAAGAAACAGCAGAGCCUGUUCAGGUGACUUUUUUUCUUUUUUUAAGGCAAGGAAGACUCAAUAUGCUUUCCCUUAGGAAUGAAAAAGGGAUAAAGGAGGUGCCUGCCUUGUGGGUGGGUGG